UCUCUGCGUCACUCCCAUUCCCCAAUUCCCCAUCUCAUCUUCUUCCCCUCUCUCUCUCUCUCUCUACACUCAAUCUCCAAUUCAUCUUCUUCAGAUUCAGACACACAGAUGACGAAGGACCGCUGGCUGCAAUCAGCGUUGACCAACGAGGUCCUAGUGGCUGACCUUCUCUUACGACUCAAACAUUCAUCAGAUUCAUAUUCCUUACGAACGCCGGCGAACAAACCGGUUACAGUUGCCGCGAUUCUUCCUCCUCGCUGGGGAAAUCGGAAGACUCGAUCGAAAUCUGCGGCCGUUGCCAACGGAUUCGUUAAAGACAAAGAACACCGUCGUAGUCCUACCACACAUCUGUCGUGGAGCGGUGGUGCUGGUUCCAGUAGCGAUGGUUAUGAAGAUUGUAGUCGUCCAUCAGAUCUCUCAUCUGCUUCCAGAUCUGUCAAGGCAAAUGAAGGUGCAUCCAUAUCUAGCUACAACAAUUUGGAGCAAAAGCAAAGAAACAAGUUGAGGAAGAUAGAAUUGUGUAGCGUAAAUGCGGAAACGGAGGGUCCGAGAAGGGGGUUUGUGUUACCUGAUCUGAACAUGACACCGAAUGAGGAGGAUAUGUCGGUGAUGGUGAUGAUUUGAGAAUGAAAGAAGAUGAAGAAAGAUUUCUUAUGUUUCUUGAUCUUGAAUUGGUAUAUUAUAAUACAUAUGUCGGUUGUGUUACCCGCAAGGGUGGUAAGGAAUGACAGCCGUGAAGAAGAAGAAGGGGGCUAGUAUAGGAAGGCAUAGGAGUUGGUAUGAAAUUAGAUGAAGAAUGUAAAGGAUUUUGAUAACUUCUUUUGCAGGUUUUGAUUUUAUUCUUUAAUGGAUUUUCUUAAUUUUUGGUGUUUGCCUCUUACCUGUUUGAGGAAAUGUGCAAGUGAAAUUAGUGGCA